AUGGCUACUUGGUUAGCUAAUUUGUUGCAGGGUUGUAUAGACAGGAAGGCCCAAUUGGCCGGGAGAGUUAUUCAUGGGGUUAUAUUACGUCAUAAAGACUUGUUCUUUGAUACGUUUUUGUCAAAUAGGCUGAUUGAGUUGUACUCAAAGUGCGGUAAUUUGGGUUAUGCUCACAAUGUGUUUGAUAAAAUGCCUAAGCCGGAUGUGUACUCAUGGAAUGCGGUGUUGGGUUGUUGUUGUAAGGCUGAGAGGUUGGGGGAAGCUGAGGAGUUGUUUCUGAGAAUGCCUGAGAGGAAUGUUGUGUCGUGGAACACGCUCAUUGGUGCAUUGGUUCGAGAUGGUCAGGAGGAGAAGGGGUUGGGUGUUUAUGAGGCGAUGGUCUCGGAGGGGUUGGUGCCGACGCAUUUUACUCUGGCGAGUGUGUUCAGUGCGUGUGGGGGGUUGUUGGAUGUGGAGAAGGGGAGGAAGUGUCACGGCCUUGUGGUGAAGAUUGGCCUUGAGGAGAAUGUGUAUGUUGGGAAUGCUUUACUGUGUAUGUAUGCUAAGUGUGGAGUUAUGAGGGAUGCAAUGCAGGUUUUCGGUGACAUGGCUGAGCCGAAUGAGGUUACUUUUACUGCUAUGAUGGGGGGGUUGAAGCAGACGGAUAGAGUUGUGGAGGCUUUGGAGAUGUUUAGGCUGAUGUGUAGGAAAGGGGUGCGUGUUGAUUCUGUUUCGUUGUCGAGUAUGCUGGGUGUUUGUGCUAAAGGGUGUGGUGAGUCUGGUGGUUGUGAUCAUAGUGAUGAGAUUCCGAGUAACGUGAAUGGGCAACAAAUACAUGGCCUUACAGUUAAACUUGGAUUUGAGGGAGAUCUUCACUUGAACAAUUCAUUGCUUGAUAUGUAUGCAAAGAGUGCGGACAUGAAGAGUGCUGAGAAGGUUUUCUCUAGUAUACCUGGAGUUGGUGUUGUUUCUUGGAAUGUCAUGAUAACUGGAUACGGCCUGAUAUUUCAGAGUCAGAAAGCUAUAGAAUAUCUACGAAGAAUGCAGUCUUGUGGCUUUGAGCCUGAUGAGGUCACAUAUAUCAAUUUGCUUGCAGCAUGUGUCAAGUCUGGUGAUAUAAAAAGUGGUCGUCAAAUGUUUGAUAACAUUUCACGCCCAAAUGUAAUGUCAUGGAAUGCCAUACUCUCUGGCUAUUUCCAGAUGGAAGACCACUUUGAGGUAAUCAAGCUUUUCAGGGAGAUGCAGUUUCAGGGUGUGCAACCUGAUCGAUCUACUUUGGCAAUUGCCCUCAGCUCUAGUGCAGCAAUGGGGAUUCUGGAGGCUGGGAAAGAGAUUCAUGCUGCCUCACACAAGGCUGUCUCUGAUACAGAUAUAUAUGUUGCAAGCGCACUUAUUGGCAUGUAUUCAAAGUGUGGUAAGACAGAAAUGGCGAAGCAUAUAUUUCAUGAUAUGCAAGAAUUAGAUGUUGUUUGUUGGAACUCUAUGAUAGCAGGCCUUUCACUCGAUUCUCAAGAUAAGGAAGCUUUCAAUUACUUUAAGCAGAUGAGGCAACAUGAGAUGCUUCCGACCCAAUUCUCUUAUGCCACUAUACUGAGUUGCUGUGCCAAGCUAGCUUCUUCAUUUCAAGGGAAACAGGUCCAUGCUCAGAUAACAAAAGAUGGAUAUGUGAGCGAUGUCUUUGUUGGGAGUGCUCUCAUCGGUAUGUAUUGCAAAUGUGGUGAUGUAGAUGGUGCCCGUAAUUUUUUCGAUAUGAUGCCAAGCAAAAGUACAGUUACUUGGAAUGAAAUGAUACAUGGCUAUGCACAGAAUGGACGUGGGGAUGAGGCUGUCCUUCUUUACUGGGACAUGAUUGCCUCAGCUGAGAGACCUGACGCCAUUACUUUUAUUUCCAUUUUGACUGCUUGCAGCCAUUCUGGAUUGGUCGAUGCAGGCAUUGAUAUAUUCAAUUCAAUGGAGCACAAACAUGGAGUGGAGCCAGUUCUGGAUCAUUACACUUGCAUUAUUGAUGCCCUUGGCCGUGCUGGUCGUUUCCAAGAAGCAGAAGUCUUACUAGAUGAAAUGCCGUAUAAAGAUGAUCCAGUUAUAUGGGAGGUUUUGCUUAGUUCUUGCAGGGUUCAUGCUAAUGUGAGCUUAGCAAAAAGAGCAGCUGAAGAACUGAUCCGCUUGGACCCUCAUAAUUCAGCUCCAUAUGUGCUUUUGGCCAAUAUUUAUUCUUCUUUAGGAAGAUGGGACGAGGCAAGAGCUGUGAGAGAUCUAAUGAUUGACAAACAAGUCAUCAAGGAUCCUGGUUAUAGCUGGAUUGAGUAUGAGAAAAUGGUGGGAUCAUAA